AUGUACAACAAGGUCCAACGAGUGGUAGCAGUGCCGCUCAGCUCUGGGGAAAUCUCCCAGCUACUGCUUAAGUACCCGCGUUGGAAAUAUGAUGGUUCAAAACUUACACGAGACUUUACCUUACGAGAUUACGAGACUACCUGGUCUUUUUUGAAUCAAAUAGCGAUGAGAAGCCACCUGUGGGGGCACCACCCUACUAUAACUACCUGCUAUAACAAAGUCAACUUGCAGCUAUCAACGCAUGAUGUGGGAGGAGUCAGCGACAUAGAUUUGAAGCUGAUGCGUCGAAUUGAGGGCUACGCUGAGGGGCGGGAGCAGGAUAAAUAA